GCAGAUUGUUUCUGCCGAGGAAUGUGACAGGCACCUGUGAGGUGAGCCGACACCAGGGGCGAGAUGACCGGGCAGACGGAAGAUGAUAUACCUGAAACAGGAGCAAUCUUCACCUUUGGGAAGAGCAAGUUUGCUGAUAAUGUGCCCAGUAAAUUCUGGCUGAAGAAUGACCAUCCAGAAGAAAUCUCGUGUGGGGGUGAUCACACUGCUGUCGUAACAGGCCAUAGCAGGCUGUUCAUGUUUGGAAGUAAUACCUGCGGUCAGCUAGGACUGGGGUUAAAGAUCAACGUCAACAUCAACAAGCCCACUGCUGUGAAAGUGUUGAAGACAGAAAAAGUGAAGUUUGCAGCAUGUGGAAGAGACCACACAAUCAUGUGCACAUGGAGUGGGCGUGUUUAUGGUGCUGGCAGUAACCAGGAGGGGCAGCUUGGUUUGGGACACUGUGAUGACACAAACACCUUCCACCUGAUUCAUCCCUUCUCUGACCACGCACCAAUCAAAAUGCUCGCUGCUGGCUGCAACACCUCAGCUGCUCUGACAGAGGAAGGCAGGCUGUUCAUGUGGGGUGAUAACUCGGUUGGCCAGAUCGGUCUGGGGGCAGAGAGCUACGCCUCAGAGCCUAGAGAGGUGAUGGUGGGGCAGUCAGUGGCCUGGGUGUCCUGUGGAUACCACCACUCAGCGUUCGUCACAGUGGACGGGGACCUCUACACGUUUGGGGAGAGUCGGAACGGAAGGCUGGGUCUAUUCCGUGACCAGCUGGCCAAUCACAGAGUCCCUCAGCAGGUGGAUGGCAUCCAGGACCCAGUCAUCCAAGUGUCCUGUGGAGGGGAGCACACAGUGGCACUCACAAAGGAGGAUGUGUACACGUUUGGGCGGGGUCAGCAUGGUCAGCUGGGCCACGGGACCUUCCUGUUCGAAGCACCUUUGCCCAAAGCACUGGUCCACUUCCGGAACGGCAGAGUCAGUCACGUCACCUGUGGAGAGAACCACACUGCAGUGAUCACAGGCAAGCUUCUAUUCUACUACAGUGGGAUUCUGUACACCUUUGGGGAUGGUCGCCAUGGUAAACUAGGACUGGGGGAAGAGAACUUCACCAACCAGUUCAGACCAACACUGUGCCCACGCUUCCUCAAAUACAGUGUCCAGUCAGUGGCAGGUGGCAGCUCUCACAUGCUGGUGCUGGCUAUGCCCAGACCCCCAGAGGUUGAGGAAGUGGUGAUAGAGGAAGAUGAUGUCACAGAGACCAUUCUGGAGACUCUGGAAACCUACACUGAGCUGCUCUUGAUGGAUCCCUCCCUCCUGAUGUCCAACCCACCGACUGCACCUCCUCUCUGGACCCUGUCUGCUAGGGCCCGCCGCAGGGAGAGGGAGUGUUCUCCAGAGCAGUUUGGCCAGAUGUUCCGUAACCUUCCUCCUCUGAUGUCUGGCUUCUUCAACACCUCCCUUCCUGUGUCCAGGAACAUCCACAUCUCCAGAACACCAUGUAAAGACCCCUCCACCUCCUCACUGUCCUCCAAUCCCUCCUCAAACAACACCCCCAGUCCCUCUCUGUCACUCAAACCCAGAGGCAAACCCCCUUUAACACCAUCACGGGCACCCCAAUUCACAUUCCCAGACCCUCCCAGCCCUUCACUCUCCUCAAAGUCCAGCCCUAAGAAGAAGAAGCCCACCCUGUCAAAAUCACCAAAAUCCACAUCUAAAGAACCCAUUAGCCCCUCACAGUCCUUCAAAUCCAUGCCUAAACUCAUCCCCGACCCCACACUGUCCCCUAAAACCCCCUUUAAAAAGCCCACAGAUUACAACCAAUCCCCCAAAACGCUGUCUAAGGUGCACCCAAGCCCUUCUCGGAGUCCCACCUCACCACAGACAGAGAGGAACGAGGACACAGUGCCAGAAGCCCCUGACAGCCUGAUGCUCAUUGAGAAUAUGGAGGAUGAAAAGGACACGUUGUCAAACCUGGCAUCACUAUCGAGAGGAGAUUCUGGCGAUGAGACUGGGACUACAUCUACAGAGCAGAAGGAUAAGGGACAUAAAAAGGGUAAGGCUCUUUGGAGAGCUGUGAAGGAGGCAGAGAGGGAGGUUAAACAAACCCUGACCAGCAGGAAGGAGGAGCUACCUUCCCAUAAAGCCCUUCCCACCGAGCUCCAGAGAGGUUCCAGUCUGAGUUUGUUGAAGGCAGAGGCCAUGCCCUCAAAGAGUCCCAAACCACUAAAGACCCCUCAGACCCCCCAAACCCCAGCCAGGGGCAAGGAGAACAUCACUUUGACAACAGAAAAGGCUGGCCUUAAAGUGAAAACCAGUAAACUAGAGAGCAAUCUUCAAAGCACAGAUGCAAUGCCUCAAAAUGCUUGGGAUAAGAAGUCAGCGAAGUCUGAGCUUAGAGAGCCACUGGCUGUCUCACAGGUCAAAGGUAGAGUGGCGGUCCCAGGGAAAGAUACCAUUGGUGAAUCCCAGGAGGGGGAGCCUGGCUGGAGAGGAUUUCUCAGCGAUGCAGCCUCUCUCCUUCCAGCCGUGGGGGUGGCAGGCGUAGCCAUGGGGGUCUUGAGUGAGGCGGUGACAAGUGUGAGGGGGUUUCAGUCAGAGAGUGACACAGCCACUUCUAUCCCUCCUCGGCGGUCCAGCCAGGUAGAGAGGUUCACCAAACAGAGCGCCAUCACCCAGCCUUCCUCCUCCUCCUCUUCAACAUCAGAUCCCAGUGCAGUAGCGCAAAGAAACAGGACCGCCAUCCGCAUCAGUGUUCUCGGGAAUUCUGAUCAGGAAGCAGGGAGCAGGAGUUCUGAGAAGAACCCAGACACCACAGAGGCUGCUAGUGACAGGUCGGGAGGUCAGGCCGACGUUGACGACGAUGAGAACACUAGUAGAGGUCAAAGGUCAGAGGCUGAGGAUGAUGAACAUGAAGAUUUCACAAAGAGACAGGGAGAGGAGGAUGACAGGAGUAGUAAGGGUCUGGAAGAAGAGGAGGAGGAUGACAGGAGUAGUAAGUGUCUGGAAGAGAGCAGUGAACAGAACGAAGGGGGAGAAGCAGAAGACAGUGAUUCUGUGGCCAGCAGAGAAGGAGAGGAGGAUAGAGAAGAGAAGAGUGAAGAGAGCCAGGGCGCGGAGGGUGAGGAGAGCAAAGAGAGUGAUUCUGAGGGGACAGGAGAGGGUGAGGAGAGCAAAGAGAGUGAUUCUGAGGGGACAGGAGAGGGGGAGGAGAGCAAAGAGAGUGAUUCUGAGGGGACAGGAGAGGGGGAGGAGAGCAAAGAGAGUGAUUCUGAGGGGACAGGAGAGGGGGAGGAGAGCAAAGAGAGUGAUUCUGAGGGGACAGGAGAGGGGGAGGAGAGCAAAGAGAGUGAUUCUGAGGGGACAGGAGAGGGGGAGGAGAGCAAAGAGAGUGAUUCUGAGGGGAAAGGAGAGGGGGAGGAGAGCAAAGAGAGUGAUUCUGAGGGGACAGGAGAGGGUGAGGAGAGCAAAGAGAGUGAUUCUGAGGGGACAGGAGAGGGGGAGGAGAGCAAAGAGAGUGAUUCUGAGGGGACAGGAGAGGGGCAGGAGAUCAAAGAGAGUGAUUCUGAGGGGGAGGAGAGCAAAGAGAGUGAUUCUGAGGGGACAGGAGAGGGGGAGGAGAGCAAAGAGAGUGAUUCUGAGGGGACAGGAGAGGGGGAGGAGAGCAAAGAGAGUGAUUCUGAGGGGACAGGAGAGGGGGAGGAGAUCAAAGAGAGUGAUUCUGAGGGGGAGGAGAGCAAAGAGAGUGAUUCUGAGGGGACAGGAGAGGGGGAGGAGAGCAAAGAGAGUGAUUCUGAGGGGGAGGAGAGCAAAGAGAGUGAUUCUGAGGGGGAGGAGAGCAAAGAGAGUGAUUCUGAGGCAAGCCUAGAGGAGAAAGGAGAGGAGAAAAGUGAAGACAGUGAUGGGGAAGGAGAGGAGGGAGAGAGUGGUUCUGGGACAAGUGGAGAGGGGGAAGAGGAGGAUAAGAGUGAAGAAGAGUCCAGUGAUGACGAGAGUGGGGAUGAAAACAAGGAGGAGGGUGGUGAUGAAUCAGGAGGUGAGGCUGAGAGCAAGAGUGAGGCAUCAGCAGAAGAGGAGGAAGAUGAACAAGCAGAAGAAGCAGAGAGUGAAGAAAGUAAAGCUGCUGAGUCAGGAGAGGAGGAAGGAGAGGGAGAGAGUGGAACAGAUGAGGAAGGAGAGGGAGAGGAUAAGGAAGGUUGUGAAAGUGAAGAAGAGGAGGAGGAGGCAAGUGUAAUUGAGGAGGAGAAAGGAGAAGAGGAUGACGAUGAGGAAAAUGGUGCAGAAAGUGGAGAAGGUGAGGGCAAUGUAGGAGAAGAGGAAGAGGAAGCAGUUGAGGGUGAGGAAGAAGAGGAUGAAAAUGAAGGUGAAGAGGAGAACGGUGAAGUCGAAGAGGAGGGAGGAGAGGAUGAUGAGGCAGAGGAGGAAGAUGCUAGUGGAGAGGAGGAACUUGAAGAUGAAAACAGUGAGGAAGAGGAGGGAGAAGAAGAAGAGGGGGAAGAAGAAGAUGAUGAUGAUGAUGAUGAUAAAGAGGAAGGGGAGGAGGGAGAAGGGGAGGAAGAGGGUGAAGGGGAAGAGGAGGAAGAAAAUAAAGAUCAGGAAGAAGGAGAAGAGAAUAAUGAAGAGGAGAAAGAAAAUGAUGAGGGUGAGAAGGAAGGAGAGGAAGAUGGUGAAAAACAGGAAGAUGUGAAAGAGGAAAUAGAAGUGGAUGAAGAGAAAGAGGAGGAAGGAGAGGAAGAUGGUGAAAAACAGGAAGAUGAGAAAGAGGAAAUAGAAGUGGAUGAAGAGAAAGAGGAGGAAGCGAACAAACAAGAAGAGGAAAGGGAGAAGCAAGAGGAGGAAGAGAAGGAAGAAGAAAAAGAUAGACAGGAAGUAGAUGGAAAAGACACAGAGGGAGAGGAGGGUGGAGAAAAGGGGGAGGAGAAGGGAGAUGAAAAAGAAGGGAAAGAAAAUAAAGAAAUUGAUGGUGAAUUAGAAGAAGAAGCUGCAGGGGAACAGAAAGGGGAGAUGGAGGUGGAGGAAACCGGAGAGGAAGAAGGUGAAGAGGAAGGAGAAGAAGAAGAGGAGGAAGAAAAAUAUAUUAAAGAAGAACAAGUUGAGGAAGAAGAGGAUGAGAAAGAUAGUAAAAAAGGAGAAGAGGAGGAGGGAGAGGAAGAGAAAGAUAGUAAAAAAGGAGAAGAGGAGGAGGAUGAAGAGGAGGAGGGAGAGGAAGAGAAAGAUAGUAUAGAAGAGGAAGAGGAAGGGAAAGAUAGUAAAGAAGAAGAAGAGGAGGGAGAGGAAGAGGAGGAAGAAGAUGAACAGGAAGAGGAGGCGGAAGAAGAGGAGGAAGAGAUAAAAUCUGCAAAAGGGAAAAAGAAAGGCUCACAAAGCGUACCACCUAAAGCAGCUCCCCCCAGCAGGAAAGGGAUGGAAGAUCCCCCGAGGGAGAAACCCAAACCAGCGGCCCGUACAAAACAGAGGACCACAGGGGGAAAACAGGCCAAAAGUACCCAAGAAUCCCAACAGUUCUGGAAUAAUGUCUUACCCCAGUACCUGGAGCUGAAGUGAGACAUUCUGGACCUCAAUGGUUCCAAAUCCUUUAUGGAUCAGAACCCAAACCUGCCUGUUAACAGUGGCUGGAAGGAUUCUGGACCUGAGAAACCUGAGUCAUAAGACUAACACAGUACAGGUGUUUGAGAACCUCUGUGUGGAUGUGUGCUUGUACUUUCUAUUAUGUCACUUAUCCACAGUUGUGACCCCCCCCCCCCCAAAAAAAUGAUAUGUCUUUAUUUAUUUGGAGUUUUCUUUGCACAAACUGUAUCUUUUUAUUCUCAUGAAUGCAUAGUUUGUUCUUGUGCACCUAAUAUUGAAUGCCUUGACCUGACUGUUGGAAAAAUGUGAUACAGUAUAUGACCUUUGGCAUAGAUCAUGAGGUAUUAGAGGUAACAUCUUGUCAUUUAGCCUGCCUGACGCAAACAGGGCCAAGCAGAUGUAAAUAGUAUUUCUUAGAUAUAUUUAUUUCUUAAAUAUCAUCUCAUGUGUAGUCCAUUGCCAAAACAUCUUUACACACAACAUUCCUCCAUAUUUUAAAUACAGGCACUCAUACAGCCUGUCCCUGUGUAAAAUCAUUUUUAUUUAAUCAAUACCUAUGCAUAUAAUUUACACAGUAUGUGUGCUGUAAUGUAUCGUAAGGUAAUUCACUAA